AUGGUCCCUGCUGUGCUCAACGACUCGUCUUCGACGUCCAGCAGCGACGAGGACGAGAAGGCGGCUGCGAAGAAGAAGCGCGGCCUUUUCAAGAAGAAGGACAAGGGUGCAAAGAAGAAGAAGGGCGAAGAGGACGAUGACCUCAAGCCCGUCAGCAUCCCACAGCUUUUCCGUUUCGCGACCCCGCUCGAGCUCACGCUCAACUUUAUCGGCCUGUUCUUGGCGUGCGCCGCCGGCGCAACACAGCCGCUCAUGACCCUCAUCUUCGGUCGACUCACCACAGCGUUCAACGACUUUGGUCGUGUUGCCCGCCGCAUUCAAGAGCAGGGCCUGACACCCGAGAACGCCGCCGCAAUGGCGCAGGCCAAGGUGACGCUCAAGAAGGAAGCAGGCAACAACGCCCUCUAUCUCAUGGCCAUCGGUCUCGGUCUCUUCUUGUGCACGUAUGUAUACAUGCUCAUCUGGAAUUGGACGUGCGAGCGCCAGAACAAACGUAUUCGCGAGAAAUACCUCCACGCCGUCCUUCGUCAGGAGAUUGCCUACUUCGACCAACUUGGCGCCGGCGAGGUUGCAACCCGCAUCAUGUCUGACUGCAAUCUCGUGCAGACUGGUAUCGGCGAGAAGAUUCCCAUCGCAUCAUCCUUCAUCGCAACGUUCAUCACCGGUUUCGCGCUGGCGUAUGCUCGCCAGGCUAAGCUUGCCGGUGCCAUGACGUCGAUCCUGCCCGUCAUCAUGGUCACGGGCGCAAUCAUGGGCAUUGCGACGACAAAGUACACCACCGGCUCGCUCAAGUGGGUGUCUAAGGGCGGCACGCUUGCCGAGGAGAUCAUCUCGUCUAUUCGCACUGUGCAGGCGUUUGGCACCAUGAAUGUCCUUGGCGAGAAGUUCAACGGCUUCAUUGCCAAAAGCCGCGCCAUGGGAAUCAAGGGCUCGCUCAUCGAGGGUGUUGGACUGUGCAUUAUGUUCUUCGCCAUCUACUCUUCGUACGCCCUGGCCUUCUUCUACGGUGGCAUCCUGAUCGCCAACGGUGAAGCAGACGGAGGUCUCGUCAUCAACGUCUUCAUGUCGAUUCUCAUCGGUUCAUUCUCAAUUGCCAUGCUUGCCCCCGAGAUGCAGGCUGUGGGCAAGGCGCAGUCGGCCGCCGCCAAGAUCUGGGCGACGAUUGAUCGCGUCCCCGCUAUUGAGCCGGACGACCCGGCCGGCCUCAAACCUGACACCGUCAUUGGUGAGAUCGGCUUCGACAACGUCCAGUUCCACUACCCGUCCCGCCCCAACGUCCCCAUCCUCAAGGGCCUCACUACGACUUUCCAGGCUGGUAAGACCUCGGCCCUCGUCGGUGCAUCCGGCUCGGGCAAGUCGACUGUCAUUCAGCUCAUCGAGCGCUUCUACGACCCCAUCAACGGCCGGGUGACCCUCGACGGCGUGGAUAUUAGACAGCUCAACCUCAAGUGGUUCCGUCAGCAGAUCGGCUUUGUCCAGCAGGAGCCGGUCCUCUUCGCUACGACCGUCCGUGGCAACGUCGAGCAUGGUCUCAUUGGCUCCAAGUGGGAGAACGCCCCCGACGAGGUGCGCUUUGAGCUUGUCAAGAAGGCUUGCAUCAACGCAAACGCCGACAGCUUCAUCUCCAAGCUUCCCGAGGGCUACGACACCAUCGUCGGCGAGCGUGGUAUGCUCCUUUCUGGUGGUCAGAAGCAGCGUGUCGCAAUCGCGCGCGCUAUUGUUUCUGACCCGCGUAUUCUUCUUCUCGAUGAGGCUACCUCCGCCCUCGACGGUCUCUCCGAGCGUGUUGUGCAGGACGCUCUCGACAAGGCUUCUGUUGGUCGUACUACUAUCGUCAUUGCCCACCGUCUCGCCACCAUCAAGGACGCCGAUACCAUCAUCGUCAUGGGUGGCGGUGAGAUCAUUGAGCAGGGUACGCACAAUGAACUGCUCGACAGCCCGAAUGGCGCAUACGCUCUUCUUGUCCAGAACCAGAAGCUGUCGCAGAAGGCCGCCGACGAUGCCGGUGACGAUGUCUCGGACGACGAGGAAGAGGACGUGGACGAGGUCACGGCGGGCCCUGACUCGCCUUUCCAGGAGCGGACCAACUUCGACCCCCCCACUCGCAAGCUGUCGCGCCAGAUCACCGGUCGCUCUAUCGCCAGCGCUGCUCUCGAGCAGCGCCGUCUGGACCGCGAGAACGGGGAGAAAGCGGCCAGGAAGGUUCCCUUCAUGAAGCUUUUCUUCCGUCUCCUCAAACUCAACCGCGACCAGUGGAAGCUGUACGCACUGGGUUUGAUCGGUGCUAUCUGCUCUGGCAUGGUCUAUCCCGCGAUGGGCAUUCUCUUCGGCCUGGCCAUUUCCGACUUCGAGCUUACUGAUCCCCGAGAGCUCCGAGCUGCGCUCGACAACCGCGCGCUCUGGUAUUUUAUCGUCGCGAUCCUGGCCGCCAUGUUCAUUUUUAUCCAGAUCUGGGGCUUCUCUAGAAGCGGCUGGGAGCUCGCCAGUCUGCUCCGCACGCGCUUGUUCCGCGCCGUCCUGCGCCACGACAUCGAGUGGUUCGAUGAGGAGGAGAACUCGACCGGUGGUGUCACCUCGAACCUCUCGGAUCAGCCUCAAAAGGUGCAGGGACUCAUGGGUGUCACCCUCGGCUCGAUCAUCCAGUCGCUCGCCACCCUUAUCGGUGGUUGCAUCAUCGGUCUUUGCUAUGGUCCGCUCCUUGCUCUUAUCGGCAUCGCCUGUAUUCCUCUCGUCAUCUCCAGUGGCUACAUCCGCUUGCGUGUGGUCGUCCUCAAGGAGGAGAAGAACAAGAAGUGGAACGCUGCUAGUGCUCAACUCGCUUCUGAGGCUGCUGGCGCUGUCCGCACUGUGGCAUCGCUUACGCGCGAGGCCGACGUGGACCGCAUCUACUCGGAGGCCCUCAAGGUCCCGUUCCAGAUCUCCAACCGCACUGCCAUCUACUCGCAGCUCCUCUACGCUGCGUCGCAGGGUAUCGCUUUCCUUGUCAUUGCACUUGUCUUCUACAUCGGUGCGCUUUGGAUGAUCGACGGCAAGUACGACACAGCCACGUUCUUCACCACCCUCAUGGCUACGCUCUUCGCCGCUAUCCAAGCCGGAAAUGUGUUUAUGUUCGUGCCGGACGCCUCGUCGGCCAGCUCGGCCUCGCGCUCCGUCUUCCGCCUCCUCGACAACCAGGCCGAGAUUGACGCCGACUCCAAGGACGGCAUCAUGCUCGACCCCGAGAAGGUCCAGGGGCAUCUGCGUCUUGAGAAUAUCCACUUCCGCUACCCGUCGCGUCCUGGUGUUCGUGUCCUGCGCAAUCUCACCAUCGACGUUCCCCCUGGCAGCUACGUUGCCCUGGUUGGCCCAUCUGGCUGCGGCAAGUCCACUUCGGUGCAGAUGAUCGAGCGCUUCUACGACCCGCAGGCGGGCACCGUCAGGUUCGACGGUGUAGACAUCAGGGAGCUGAAUGUUGCGAGCUACCGGUCCCACAUUGCUCUCGUGUCGCAGGAGCCAACACUAUACGCUGGAACGAUUCGCUUCAACAUCCUGCUCGGCGCGUCCAAGCCCAUGGACCAGGUCACCGAGGAGGAGAUCGUGAAGGCGUGCAAGGAGGCCAACAUCUACGACUUCAUCAUGUCUCUCCCGGAUGGCUUUGACACCGACGUCGGUGGCAAGGGGUCCCAGCUGUCUGGCGGGCAGAAGCAGCGUAUCGCCAUCGCCCGUGCCCUCGUGCGCAACCCCAAGGUUCUCCUGCUGGACGAGGCAACUGCUGCGCUCGACUCGACAUCCGAGCGUGUCGUACAGCAGGCUCUCGACAACGCGUCCAAGGGUCGCUCUGUCGUCGCGAUCGCGCACCGCCUCUCGACUAUCCAGGGAGCAAGUAUGAUCUACUUCAUCUCUGAGGGCAAGGAGGUCGAGAUCGGCACGCACGCGCAGCUCCUCGCACGCAAGGGUCGCUACUACGACCUCGUGAUGAUGCAGAGCCUCAGCAAGAUCGAGUAG